UCAUUGGAUUAGAUUUACAAUUUUUUUUAACGAGAAACAGAUUUGCUUUUGAUGAGAAAGGACAAAAGUUGCGAAAUUUGAACGCUUAUGAAUUUAAGCGUAUGGGUCUUGAUUCAAUGGGGUUUUGUUUUCCCCGGUUUGGGCAUUAGGAGGAUAUGGGAUUCGGAAAUUUUUUUUUAUUAGUUUGUGCUGUUAACACCUUUUUUCUAGGCGCCCAAACGGAGGAUCAGGGUUUCUUUAUGGUUUGGAGGUUGAAGAAUCUAUCAAAUCAGCUGUUCGUAGUUGCCACUGAAUGCAUUUAGAAGUGCAAUUUUAUUUUUAAUGCAUCAUGAACUGAUGUCUCCGUGAGUGUUUUUUACGAGUAUUGAAUGCACACAAGCUCGUCCAUUGAUUCGGUAUUCGUCAUUGUGAAUUAAAAAGUUGCAAUGUAUGCGAGGAGACUCCUCAAGAAUAGAAAUCUGAAAUGGGAUUUUGUGUUUCAGCCAUCCAAGUAUUAUAUUACUCCGAAGCACAAAGAUUACAUGUUUUCCCGGUCUUUGUGCUCUAGAACUUUAGCAGGAAACUGUUCAUUAUGUGAUAAUUUGAUCAGAAGAUAUCUUUCAGAUUCAUUAUUGACUCAGGGUGUUGCCGCUGGAAAUAGUAAUGUUAGGUUGCAUGGGAGUUUUAAUGUAACUUUGCGGAGUAGUCAGUUAAGAUUCUACAGUUCUGAUGGUGAUGGAAGGAAUGCCAGUGAGGAUGAACAUAUACCUGUGAAGGAUGGGGCUAACUUUGAUAAGGGGAAGACUAAGCGGAAGGUUAGAGAAGCUGUGAGGCACUGUGAUGAGCACAUUCGGCUUGGGGAACAAGAUCAAAAGGAAUGGCUCAAUAAUGAGAAACUAGCCAUCGAGAGUAGAAAGAAGGAAUCACCAUUCCUAUCUAGACGGGAAAAGUUAAAAAAUGAGUUCUUGCGGAGAGUUGUUCCAUGGGAGAAAAUAACUGUUUCAUGGGAAACAUUUCCUUACCACAUUCCGGAGCAUACCAAAAAUCUUUUGGUGGAAUGUGCUGCUUCCCAUCUGAAACAUAAGAAGCUCACUGUGUCUUAUGGUGCUCGUUUGACCUCUUCAAGUGGGAGGAUACUGCUUCAAAGUGUUCCAGGUACUGAGCUAUACCGAGAAAGAUUAGUCAGAGCACUUGCAAAAGAUUUACAAGUUCCCUUACUGGUUCUGGACAGCAGUAUUCUUGCUUCUUAUGAUUUUGCUGAAGGUUGCUCAUCAGAAUGUGAAUCAGAUGAUGAUAACUUGGAAUCGUGUGAAGACUGCAUUUCAGAGUCUGAGAUUGAGGAUGAGAGUGAUUCAAAUGAUGAGGAAGAAUGGACAAGCAGUGGUGAGGUGAAGUCAGAUGCUAGUGAUAAUGAUGAUGUGCAGGCGUCUGCUGAAGCUCUAAAGAAGCUUGUUCCCCACAAGCUCAAAAAAUUUGAACAGAGAGUUGCUGCAGAAUUGGAAAUUUCCUCCGAAUCCUCAACUUCUGAGGCUGUUGAAUCUUCUGAUAAACCUAAAUGGUCACUAAAGAAAGGGGAUCGAGUAAAAUAUGUUGGGGCUUCUAUUGAUAUUGAAGCUGAUAACAGGGUCAUUUUGGGGAAGAUACCAACAUGUGAUGGUCCAACAAAUGCUUAUACCAUUUUCCGUGGCAGGCCUUUAUCAAGUGGUCAACGUGGAGAGGUAUAUGAGGUGAAUGGGGAUCGAGUUGCUGUUAUCUUGGAUAGAAGCGAAAAAAAACCAAAUGAAGGAGAGGAAGAUGAAAAGCUUAUAGACCGUGCUGAAAAACCCUCAGUUUAUUGGAUGCAAGUUAAGGACAUUGAGUAUGAUCUUGAUACUGAGGGAGAAGAUCGGUACAUCGCAAUGGAGGCUUUGUGUGAGGUGAUGCUCAAGGUUUUGCAUUCUACACAGCCUCUUAUUGUCUAUUUUCCAGACUCUUCUCAAUGGUUGUUGAGGGCCGUCUCCAAGCCAAAUCAGAAAGAGUUUGUUCGUAGGGUACAGGAAAUGUUUGACCAAUUAUCAGGACCUGUUGUUUUGAUAUGCGGGCAGAACAAAACUGAAGCAGGGUCAAAGGAGAGGGAAAAAUUUACGAUGCUAGUCCCGGGUUUGGGUCGCCUUGCUAAGCUGCCUGUCCCAUUGAAGCAACUUACAGAGGGACUAAAAGCAACAAAGACAUCAGAAAACAAUGAGAUACUUAAGCUUUUCAGUAAUGUUAUAUGUAUCGAUACCCCAAAGGAUGAAGAACUCCUUAGAACAUUCAAUAAGCAGGUUGAAGAAGACCGAAGGAUCAUUAUCUCCCGGAGCAAUUUAAAUGAAUUGCACAAGGUUCUGGAGGAACAUCAGCUGUCAUGCAUGGAUCUGUUGCAUGUAAAUACUGAUGGUGUGAUACUGACUAAGCAAAAAGCUGAAAAGAUUGUUGGCUGGGCUAAAAAUCAUUACUUGUCAUCUUGCAUGCUUCCUUCCAUAAAGGGGGAAAGAUUAUCUGUACCUCGUGAAAGCCUUGAAAUUGCAGUUUUGAGAUUAAAGGUGCAGGAAGCAAUAUCCAGAAAACCGUCACACAGUUUGAAGAAUCUUGCCAAGGAUGAAUAUGAGAGCAACUUUGUUUCGGCGGUUGUUCCUCCUGGUGAAAUUGGUGUUAAGUUUGAUGAUAUUGGUGCUCUUGAAGAUGUGAAGAAGGCAUUAAAUGAACUUGUCAUUCUUCCAAUGAGGAGACCGGAGCUUUUCUCUCAUGGAAAUCUGUUGCGGCCUUGCAAAGGAAUAUUACUUUUUGGUCCUCCUGGAACUGGGAAAACCCUUCUUGCCAAGGCUCUUGCUACAGAAGCAGGGGCAAACUUUAUCAGCGUAACUGGUUCAAAUCUUACAUCGAAGUGGUUUGGAGAUGCUGAAAAGCUUACCAAAGCCUUGUUCUCCUUUGCUGGCAAGCUGGCACCUGUUAUCAUAUUUGUGGAUGAGGUUGACAGUUUGCUUGGUGCACGUGGUGGUGCUUUUGAGCAUGAGGCAACUAGGAAAAUGCGGAAUGAGUUUAUGGCAGCUUGGGAUGGAUUGAGGUCAAAAGACAACCAGAGAAUCAUCAUCCUUGGUGCCACAAAUCGGCCUUUUGACCUUGAUGAGGCUGUUAUUCGUCGUCUGCCUAGAAGGAUAUAUGUGGACCUACCAGAUGCUGAGAAUCGUAUGAAGAUUCUAAGAAUAUUUCUUGCAUCAGAAAAUAUUGAACCUGGUUUCCAGUUUGACAAACUUGCAAAUGCCACUGAAGGAUAUUCAGGGAGUGAUCUGAAGAACCUCUGUGUUGCUGCUGCAUACAGGCCUGUCCAAGAACUUCUGGAGGAAGAACAGAAGGGAGGCGGAGACAUUCUUCCUCCAGUAUUGAGGUCUCUCACUUUGGAUGAUUUUAUCAAGUCAAAAGCGAAGGUGGGGCCAUCUGUUGCAUUUGAUGCGGCGAGCAUGAAUGAACUGAGGAAAUGGAAUGAACAGUAUGGAGAAGGUGGAAGCAGGAGGAAAUCGCUGUUUGGUUUUGGGAACUAACAUCAUAGUUUGGUUUAUUUAUUUAUUCUUGAAAAGAGCCCAGAAAGUGUAGUGACAGUGUAUUCUUAAAGAGGGAGCCUUUUUGAGCGGGUGAGAAAGAAGUCCCCAUCAUGUUAGACUACGUAAUUUAGGCGGCUGCUAGACCCUUCCUCCCCUGUAAUUUUAUGCUUCAAUAUGCGGCUGAUAAGACAAUUUUCCGCCUCCAAUUUUAGGUUUAAAUAUGCUCUGUAUAUUAGCACUAAUCCACAAAUUUUUUUCACAAUAGAAAAAUAAUUACAGGUUAUAGCCCA